CAAGCGCUCUGCCCCUGAGCCUCAACCCUACCCGGUAGUGGGACUUUUACCAUAUGGUUGGUUACUGUGAAUGGAGUUUACUUCUGCAACACACAGAAAAAGCUGUAAGGAACUUUCAGGUAGUUGUAGGAAGAUCCACUUUAUGCAGUGCAUAUCUCCUGGAAAUGACAGUUAACUAUCUUUCAUCAGUAGGAACCUUGAGUUGGUCAGUAUUUAGAAGCCCUGAUUGGUCAUCAUUCCACCAGUCAGCAUUCCUGGUUAGAUAACACUCCACGAAUCAGAACUUCAGGUUAGCAAGUAGUCCAUUAAACAGUUCUAAGCUGGUACUUGUGGUGCUGUUCAGAUGAGUUAUAAUUGAGAGUCUUGGUGGCAAAUUCAGGUCUACAUGAAGAGCCGUAGCUGAGGGGAAGUCUCUUUUCUUGGAGUUAAGCAGCUGGUUCCCAAGUCGGGGCUGGACUGAUGGGUUUGGAGGGAGUGGGCAGGAUGGGACAUUCGGAAGAGCUGGGCUGGUAGCUUCUGGUGCAGAGGAGGGGCUGACAUGGGCCAUGGCUCUCAGGGUCUCUUCCUUCUGGAAUUUUGGGGUUGGGCCUUUCAGGACCAGGGCUCCAUGGGUUCCUUUGAGCUCCCCAGUUAGGAGGCAUCCUGCGGGGGUAGCAUAGAGAGGCUGAGGGUCAGCUCCCUUGGCUGAGUUUCAUGGUGAGACUUGGGCAAGGAGUCACAGGAACAUACAUUCCACUGCACCCUGCUUCAUCCUCUGCCAGGUGCGACCUUAGGCAAGUCACUUCUUGUGGGCCUGGCCCCUCAUUGGGGGAGGGCAGGAACACAAGCACUGUUCUUGCAGCUACACCCCUUUUGCUGAGCUGCCCUAGGCUGGGUGUGAACAGUCCAUAGAGGGCACCAGCAGCUGGUGGGGUGUCUGCAGGAGCCUGCUGUGCCUUGGUCUGGCUAUUUGAUCGUGGGCAUAUCCAGCGCGUAGCCCUCUACAUGGAUGACUGCUCCCUGUUGGUCAGUGGGGAUAAUGCAGAGCCUGUUCUGCCCCAUAGCUCCUUACCUGCUUGGGUCCCAGCUCCACCACUUGCAGUAACUUGUCCCUUUCCAAGACUCUGUGUCUUCCUCUUUAUAUGGGAACCAUCAGGCCACCUGACUCAGGAAGACUGUGACAAUUCAAUGAAGAAAUGCUAGCAAAGUGUGUCCAGCACAUUACAUGAAGAAUACAGAACAUAUUUUACUCAUUCCUCUAUUCUAAGCCCUCCAGGGGCCAGGCUCUGAGGGCACUUGAGCCUCAGCUUCUGCCCUGCUCUUUUUCUUUUUGCAGACACCCUGUCACUCCCAUUAUGGGGCAGAAAAUUGUGAAAAAGGGAGGCACCUUGGCCUGAAGACAGGGAGAUGGAUGUUCAGCUGUCUGAUCUAAAACUGUGGCUUUCCAGACUCUGGACCCUGAGUGAAGGGGAACGUCAUCUGUAAAGGGAGGGAUGUGGUUCCCUUCCUAGUGCAGACAUUCCCAGGCCCUGUGAAGGGUCUGCACCCUGGGGCUCUGGCCUUGCCAACAUUCCACUGACCCCCGAGACCCAGCGGGACCAGGAGCGGCGAAUUCGGCGAGAGAUUGCCAACAGCAACGAACGGAGGCGCAUGCAGAGCAUCAACGCAGGCUUCCAGUCCCUCAAGACCCUCAUCCCCCACACAGAUGGAGAGAAGCUCAGCAAGGCAGCUAUUCUCCAGCAGACGGCAGAGUACAUCUUCUCCCUGGAGCAGGAGAAGACCAGGCUCCUGCAGCAGAACACACAGCUCAAGCGCUUCAUUCAGGAGCUGAGUGGCUCAUCUCCGAAGCGGCGGCGGGCAGAGGACAAGGACGAGGGCAUUGGCUCCCCGGACAUGUGGGAGGAUGAGAAGGCGGAGGACCUGCGGCGGGAGAUGAUUGAGCUGCGGCAGCAGCUGGACAAGGAGCGCUCCGUGCGCAUGAUGCUGGAGGAGCAGGUGCGCUCGCUUGAGGCCCACAUGUACCCGGAAAAGCUCAAGGUGAUCGCCCAGCAGGUGCAGCUGCAGCAGCAGCAGGAGCAGGUGCGGCUGCUGCACCAGGAGAAGUUGGAGCGGGAACAGCAGCACCUGCGGACCCAGCUCUUGCCCCCUCCGGCCCCUACGCACCACCCCACAGUGAUUGUGCCAGCACCAGCCCCCCCCCACUCCCACCACAUCAAUGUUGUCACCAUGGGCCCCUCCUCAGUCAUCAACUCUGUGUCCACUUCCCGGCAAAAUCUGGACACCAUUGUGCAGGCAAUCCAGCACAUCGAGGGCACCCAGGAGAAGCAGGAGCUGGAGGAGGAGCAGCGGCGAGCGGUCAUUGUGAAGCCAGUCCGCAGCUGCCCGGAGGCCCAUACCUCCGACACAGCCUCCGAUUCGGAGGCCUCAGACAGUGAUGCCAUGGACCAGAGCCGGGAGGAGCCGUUAGGGGAUGGGGAGCUUCCCUGACCACCCCCAGCCCUCCUCUCCCUUGUGGGGGCUGGAGGGGGCCGGGGCAGCAACAGGGAGAAAUGUGGGUGAAUGAGUGAGAAAUUUUUACAAAAUUAUGAUGUCAUUUGGGUCUCUUUUAUGACCUCUUUUUUCAAUACUGUAAAUCAACCUUUGAAUGACGCCACCCAAGCCAAGGUCCCGGGGCUGGGGUGGUGCAGAGCGUGUGGGAGCAUUGGGACCCCAGGGUUGGGCCUCGGCCCUGGGGGCUGGGGGACGCUGACACUGAGGUGCCUGGCCUCUCUCCGCCAAAAAACAUUUUUUCAUUUGAACGUGUUUUUAAGAACAGGGAAAAUCAAACGAAACCCCAAGGUAUUUCCUCCCUCCCCAGAGCCUGUCAGUCUCAAUCCUUCCCUCUGUUUGGUUUUCAUAUUUCUUCCUUAAGCACUUACAUGGGUUGGGGGUCAGACUGGGUCGGGCUUUCUGGGGGCCCGGGGGUCUGUGUUGCUUCUUGGUUGGGGUUUGCUGCUGCCCUUCUCCCUUCCCCCUCCCCAUCUCAGCACCAGGACUCUCCAUCCCCCAGCCCACCUCUCCCUCCAGGUCCCAUCCUCAACCCCAGAAUGUCUUUGUCUCUCUCUCUUUGUUUUGUUUGUUGUUGGUUUUAUUUUGGUUUAGGUUUUGUUUUUGUUUUUGUUUUUUUUUUAAACAAUUUUGAGGUUUUUGUGUCCAAGGAGAAGCUAUUAUAUUUUGUUAAAAAGUGGGGGAAAAACCAAGAGGCCACUGUGCCUUUGUAAAGAAACAAAUAAAGUUUGUACUUUGUUUUUUA